AUGCCUUCCCAAAUCCUCACUUCCUUCACCGUCAUCACGGUCCCCUACCACGUCGGCCUCCGCGCCAGCCCCAUCCACCGCAGCCGGGUCAGCGAAGGGCCCGACUACCUCAAAUCAGCGGGUCUCAUAUCCCUCCUCCACAGCCAACCAAACAUGCCCGUCCACGAACUCGAGAUCCCACCCGUGCAGGACGACUUCGAGGGCGAGAUCGGGCGCACAUUCGAACUAAUCCGACGAGUCUCCCUCGCCGUCACCGCCGCGCGCAACGCGGGCUCCUUCCCCGUCGUGCUGGCGGGCAACUGCUGCAUCAGCGUGGGCGUGGCGGCCGGGCUGUGGGGGUCGGAGGCGCUGCGCGGGGCGCCGGCCGACGCGCUCGGGUGCGCGUGGUUCGACGCCCACGACGACUACAACGUGCCCGAUUCCGUGGUUAGUGGCUACUUUGAUAGUCAGGGCAUCGCGAUGAUGGCGGGCGAGUGCUGGCGCGCGUUGGUGGGUUCCGUGCCGGGCUUUCGGCCGUGGUUGCUGCGCAGGGUUGUGCACUGCGGCAUGCGCGAUGUGAAUGAGAUGGAGAGGGCGCGCGUGGAGGGCUCUGAUAUGGGUGUUGUUUGGGGCGAUGCGGUGGAGAGGGUUGACUUUGCAGCUGGUAUGCGUAAGGAGCUGGGCGAGCGGUUUGCUGAGGGCGGUGAUACGGCGAUGCUGGUUCACCUUGACGUGGAUGUCAUGGACGCUACCCUGGGCAAGGCAAACCCGUUUGGGUGUCCGGGCGGGCUGUUCGAGGAGGACAUCACGGGGUGCAUGGCGGCCAUCUCGGAGCGAACGAUCCCAAUGGCUUUCACUAUCGCUUCGUUCGACCCUUUGUGUGACGGGGACGAAUCGGCCCAACGGCUUGCAAAGCUUGCUAUCAAGGCGGUUGGGGGGGGUGCUGGACGGUUUGAGGCACCGGGGUUUAUUACAGUCGAGCCAGUAGUGAUCUCCAUGACUCGGCUUCCGGAGCUUCAUUUUGACUUCAAUGGGAGUGAAACAUUCCAGGGUUACACGAACCAAAAAUGACGGAACCCAAAAUGCACUCACUCCCCUUGAUCAGUUUUGACGCGCGAGGGCCGUAAGAAAUGAAGUCAUUAUGCCUUCUCUUGCUCAUUUCUUGUGAUGCCACCUCAACAGCUCUGCACGGAGAUUUGGAUCAUCUCAAGGAUGCCACCAUAAAGCGACCGUGUGGCCCCCGCGACAACCGCAUUUUAGCGGCUGAUCUUGGUCGUUCUGAUGGGGGCAAGGGCGGGCAUGCACGGUUGCGUUGUCCCGAGAAUGACGGAAGGCGGGUGUUCCCCCUUGUUUGGUGCUGUCUUGGGUGCCCUGGAGGUCUGCCCUGUCACUGCUGUGUGCCCUGUGUGCCCGGUGCCGUCGGACCGAGUCAGCAGGGAGGGGCUGCAUCAAAACGCAUCAAGACGCAUCCGAAGGGGGAAAAGCAGGGCAACCUGAAAUGGACCCUUGACAAACUUUCGAGUGCGUUUGUUGUGUGACUCGGCCUCUCGAGGUCUCCUGGGUUUCG